AUGAGUUCCGAUAAUCAAACCACACCAAUUACAGAUAACGAAGCAUCAAAAGAAACAAGCGAAACACCAACCGUCGAGUCAUCUAGCAACAGCAAUAAUGCCAUCGACGUUCAUGCGCUGAAGGAACGAAUCAUUGCCACAAAUAAGCUUUUUAAAUACUUGUCAGAUGCAAAGAAUGAACUAGCAGCUCGUGAAGCUCAAAUCAGCACAUUGAAUACUAAUCUUGGCCUAUCCAUCAAGAGUCUUCAAGAAUCAGACGAAAAAUGCAAGAAAUCAGCAGAACAGGUACAAGCUCUGGAAACCCAAUUAAAGGCGAAAUCAGCCCAGUUUGAUGCACUGUUUGAAACCAACAAAAAGCUGAAAAGCGACCUCAAAACACAAGCAGAUCUCGCAAAGAGAAUGGGAUCCAGUGCCGCCGAGUUCAGAAUAGCCAAAGAUCAAGUAACCAAGUUAACGCAAGAGAAUCAUCAAUUAAAGGAGGCAUUGAGCAAACUACAAGCUGAGAAAGAUCAAAUGGAUGAAGAUGCGAUGGAGACAAACAUCAAUCACAAUCUGACAGUCGAGUCAUUGCAGGAGGAGAUCAAUGACCUCAAAUCUUCAUUGACGACGGAUGAUUCGGCAUUGGUAUCACUGAAAUUGCAAUUGGAGAUGGAGCAAAAGAAGGUUUCCAAAGUGAGUGCGCACAACGAAGCACUGGAGGAGCGGUUGAGCCUAGCCAAUGAGCAGAUCAAGCAGCUACAGUAUGAAAAGAGUCAAAACAUACAUGCAUCUAGUCAGGUCAGCACAGAAGCGACGGAUGAAAUGAAACGUGUGCACGCCGAGGAAGUGGCGAGUUUGAAGAGGCACAUCCAGCAGUUGAACGUCAAGCUCGAGAGAAAAGUAGCUGUGCCAGUAGCAGCGAAUCCACCCACACAACAUCCAGACUUGACCAAGAAAUACCACAAACUGCAGGCAGAAUACCAAUUUAUUAAGAGAACGAAUGCAUUUCUGGAGCAAGAAUUGCGUAGAGCGUUGGAGAAUGAAGCAGAACAAAGAGGAUUUGUGUCAGAUAACGAUGUGGAAGAUGUAGAUAUGGAUGAUACAAUCGUAUCGCCUCCAAAACCAGCGCCAUUACAAGCGAUAACGCAAAAGAGUUUUGUGAUUCCCACUAAAGCACCCACCUCAAAUACAGCUAGACCCAGCCCACUCAAAGAAGCUGUUGCCAAGUCUCGAGACCCUCGUCUUGCUCACCAACAGCAACAGCAACAGCAACAGCAGCAGCAACAGCAAAAGUCAGCAGCUGAGGAGUUGCUCCUUCAACAAAAAUCAGGGCUCAUUGCUCCAGCACCACAAAUCAAUACAACCAAGUCGGUCAAGAAGCGAAAGAGCCUGUUGGAGAAGUUUGCCACUGCCAAAAACCCAUCCAGAGUACUUGAGAGAGCGGCUUCCAAUGCACCUGCACCAAGCCUGUCAAAGAAGCGCACGAAUAAAGAAGUGGACAUGGAGGAUCAAACAUCGUCUUCCUCUACUUCAACACCUGUGUCUGAGACUAGUGUUGCCAAUACACCAGUAGCCAAACGCACCAAACCGGAUUAUCAUUUGAAUCAUGUCAUUGAGGGAUUGUUUAACAAGCAAAAAGGAACCAUACUGCCCAGUAUGGAGGAAUCAAACGAGAUCUUGCCCAACUUGCUGGAAGAGAUCCAAGAUUGCUAUGCGCGAAUCAAGUCGGUUGCAGUGCUUACAGACACUGAAUUGGUCGAGUUUGGCAAUUCUGAAUUGCAGUUACCCAAGUCAAUGGAUCAACGUGAAAAACUGUAUGCAUGGUUCUUGGUCUGCUUGUUCAAGAUAAAUAGAGAUGAGUUUGAUCAGUUCAUGUUCAUGUUGGCCAAAACCAUCUUGCAUUGCCCACCAGCAAAGACGCCACUGAACCACAAACUAAUUCGUUUGGUGAGAUUGCUCAUUGUCGCCUGCAAGUCUGAAAAUUCAUUUGGCCGGCUUCGUUCCUUGAUCUAUGGAUUAUUCAGAACAAAGGCGUUUCACUCUUCCAUCAUCCCUAUCCUUUUGAACGCAGGCAUCAUUUGGAAAGAGAGUUUCCUGUUUGAGGCAACGCAACCGCAAUUCACAUCUUUGCACAACACCUUUGUAUCCAGUAUUUACUUCAUCAGCUGUAACUCGAGUUCAGUAAAGAAUAUGAACAGCAUGUACGACCAGUUAUCUAACACCUUUAACUGGCCAUCCAAACCAAAGCCAAUUUUGGAGUGCGUACAAGAUGCAAUGACAACGUUGCAGAGUGAUUACUUUAAACAGCUGCACACAGAGGACAAGGACAAGUUUGAUUUGCUUUCCUAUAACCUGAUCACUUCUUUUGAAUUGGCAUUUAUCGUGCUGGAUGAUUGGAAUCAGACCUACGACGUGUUUAUCCGAACCAGUCUUUGGCCAUUACUGAAUGCAGAAGUGAUCGACGUCGUAGCCAUGGAGCUAUUGGGCGUACUUGCAAGAUUAGGCGUUUCCAGUGACCCGGGAAAGCCAGAUAAGCCAGGUGUGGUUACUUUGCUCAAUACGUUCUCGACCAUCAUCAAAUUAGGCGAGGAUAUUGAUCCUAAUGAGAAGCACCUCCAAUUUGCUGCCUCCAAGGCCAUGGCUGCUGUAGCUGGAACCCAUCGUGAUUACAGAAAAUUUCUCAUCAGCAUCAACGACAUCUAA